UGAUUAAAUCACUUACAAUUAUGGUGUGGAUGACAUACUAUUAUUUAGUAUAUUGUACAGUACAUAUAGAUGAUUAUAUGAAUAAUGUUAUUUUAUAAUUUCUUUCAAAGUUUGGUUGAGAAGAAUGCGAAGGUUACCGUUGAGCUGAAGAAUGAUUUACAAAUCUCAGGCAAACUCCACUCUGUCGACCAAUAUCUCAACAUCAAGCUCACCAAUGUCACUGCUAACGAUACUGAACGCUAUCCACAUCUGUUGUCUGUAGUAAAUUGUUUUGUUCGUGGGUCUGUAGUUCGUUAUGUAUUUUUUAAUCCGUCUGAUAUUAACACCGAGGAAUUACAAGAAUUGUGUAGAAGACAAGCAAUGAAGUUAAACCUUGACAAAUCUCACUAAUAUAGUCAAUAAUAUACUGAGAAUACAA